CGAAUGCUUAGUGGAGAUAACCGACACACGGAACAUGAGUGUUACUUUUUUCUGGUGCCAUUUAGCGAACACCAGAGACAUACCUGUACGCACUACGUCCGCCCCAGACGGGGAGGGGUUUUGAAUGUUUUUGUGUGACUGUCAAGUCGACUCUAAUUUGAAAUCGAGAAAAUAAGACGUCGGACUGAAGAUCAAACCUAUAGUUUACGGACUCCGGUCUGUUUUGCGGUCUAGUUCCUAUUAUAUAUUUUUUUAUUGAGAAGCAAUCAGUCAAGGAGUAUUAAUUCUGUUCUGGUGGGGUGCUGGGGAUUUUAUAUCCACCUCGUCUUUUUAGAAGAAUGGCGAGAGACGCUAAACGUUUCCCCCUAUCACCAAUGAAAAACAGUUUGUUGGUGACAGCAGGGAUACUUCUGAUUAUUCAAGCUGCUUCGUGUCAGCGGGUGAGGGUGGUACCAGAGGUGGAGGCGUACCCCACUGAGUCGGUCGACCUGCGCUGUCAGUUUGUCGACGGAGGAAACACCAAGCUCACACAGGUGUCGUGGAUAUGGGAGCCCACGGAGGGCCAGAGGGACAACAUUGCCGUCUUUCACCCCAUAUACGGCGAGAGCUUCCCCGACUCGCCCUUCAACGGGCGUGUCCGCUUCAUCCAAGGCACCUUGACAAACCCCUCCAUUACCAUCAGCAGCCUCAAGAUGGCCGACGCCGGGCGUUACACCUGCGAGUACGCCACUUACCCCAGCGGCAAUGAGCAAGGCACCACCAAUCUGGUCAUACUUGCGAAACCCAAGAACUCUGCAUCCCCCGUUGUCGUCCAAGCCAGCACAAGCGGCAAACCAGUGGUCGUGGCCCAGUGUGAGGCGGCUGACGGCAAGCCAGCAGCCACCAUCAAGUGGAUGGGAGAAGUCGGUGGCACCGAUAACACCACCUCCAAAAAAGGUCUGGACGGCACGGUGACGGUGAGGAGCGUGUACCUACUGGUGCCCACGCCUGAGGACAACGGCAAGGAGGUCACCUGCAUGAUCAGCCAGCGCACUCAGGACAAGCCGCAGACCUUCCCCAUGAAGCUGUCCGUCGAGUAUCCCCCGACUGUGUCCAUAGUGGGCUAUGAUAACAACUGGUACAUUGGCCGGACCGACGCUGUCCUGACCUGCAAGGCCACUGGCAACCCUGCCCCCACCAACGUUACUUGGACAGCCAUGUCCGGUCGGAUGCCUGACACGGUACAGAUCGCCGACAACAAGCUGAUCGUGCGGAAGGUGGACGAGGCUGUGAACACCACCUUUGUCUGCGAGGUGAAGAACCGGCUGGGAGUGAGCAAGCACCAGGUCACCACGGCGGUCAUCGAAGCCAUAGUGGACCCGUCCAACGCGGGCGUGGUGGCGGGGGCUAUCAUCGGCAGCCUGCUGGCCCUACUGCUGGUCAGCUCGCUGAUUGCUGUCCUGGUGACCCGCAGUCGCCGGCAACGGCGCGGUUACCCCGGCAAUGGAGAGCCUGGCGCCUACGGGAACAAAGCCCGCCUCUUCGGCGGAGCUGGCAACAAGAACGAAGGCACGGGGGCCAACAUCAACGGGCCCAUCUAUACGUACCGCGAGAGCGACCCCGGAGCGCUGGCGGAGAAUGUCAACGACUUCCACGGCCCGCCUGGCUCCACUCCCACCGCCCACGACAUCCUGCUGAGCAGCGAGAUGGAUGAGGCGGAGCGCAGGAAAUUUGACGCCCUCGACGACAGCCUGGAGGAGGAAGAGGAGCGCUACGACAGCUUUAGCGUGGGCAUGGUUCCAGCCUAUCACAUCCACCGGCACAACGAAGAGAUGGGAGGGGUCAGCAUGUACCUCGACGACGACGACAUGGAGUCACAGCGGGACGGGUCGGUCAUCUCCCGGACUGCCAUCUACGUCUAGAGAGGGGCGGUCAACCAACAGGGUCCAGGAGGGAGAGCUGAGGACAGGGUGGAGAGUCCACCAACAACCACCCAUCCCCAUCCCCCUGCAUACUAAAUAGACAUGCUACGCUUAUGGUAAUUUUACACAAAAAAAUAACUACAGAAACAAAAGAAGGUGUUGAAACUGAACUGUAACUGAGGAACAAGCGGAAUGAUGACUUGAGUGCGCUGGUCAAUAACUCGGCAUCUCGAUAAGUCAGUCAGUCUACCAAAAUAAAUUGUAACAAUGUAACUCAUCUUCAAUGCUGCUUACUGCUCCAUUUCAUCUUAGCAAGUGAAACGUGAAGAGUGACCAUGUGACUGCGUUUAGUAGCCCACUAAUCCACAGAACUGCAAACACUGAAGACUUUUUCUCGGUAAGGAAACGUACUGUUCAAUGUCGCCUUCGUGGUACAACUUUUAGACGCAUUCCUAGAUGGCCACACUCGUUCUAACACCACGGCUACUGCUUGAAGACGUCCUCCAGCGGACUGCCGUGCGGAGGACGAGGAACCCGAGCUGUAACUUGUUGUCUUCGUGUGCAUCAUCACAGGCGUUCCAUAGCACAGUGUUACGUAAAAAUGGUCUUUUUUGUAUUAUCAAGAUGUUUGGGCCUUCAGGCCUUGUUGAAACCACAUUUGGUGUUAAUGACUCAUAUAUAAUGACUUAGGCAGAGUUAGUCCCACCAACUUCCAUUUUCUUCUUUCUUUUUCUUUUCUUUUUUUCUCUCUCUUCAUUAUUUUCUUUUACAUAUGGGAGGCCAGCGACGUGGUACCGAGCUGGAGCUGGGGUUUGGAUGAGAGAAAUGGUGCGACCAGAUCUGUUUUUCCAACUGUCUGUUGGCGGUUCAUGUUGGUGGAACGUCACUGCUAAAGCGAAGGGCAGCGGGUCAGCUGGCACCAUCCCAGGGUAUUGGGCCCAGUGCUAGGCUGUACUGGCCUUCCACGCUGAGGGAGCAGCCAGCUCCUGUAAUGAUCGGAGCCACGUCUAGUCUGCCUAGCGAUAGCAUGAGACAGAUCGACAUGCACACCCAGCUCUAACUGAACCUCCUGCUCUGCCUGUCAGUUUGACCAAUUAAAAAACAAAAAGGAAGCGGACUCCAUUUCCCCGGCAAGUCAAUAAACGCGCCGUCUAUUUAAUGGUAAAGAAAUGUUUCGCCGCUGAUGCUCGAGGGACCGGAGGCGGAAUAUUUCCCUCGUUUUUUUGUGUGUUUUUUUUUUAUACCAGAACAAACUGUUCCUAGCCCACAUGUUUAAUUCAGGAGUAGAAGAAGCAUAAAAGUGUUGCCAUUAUCUUAUGUAGAGGUAUAGAGCGAGAGAGGCUGAUUUCUGGCUGGUAUUGAGCACUUUCGCUAUUUUUUUUAAUGCAGACAAGCCCAAGCAUUAAUAAUAAGACAAGCCGCACAUACGGCUGAAAUUGCGAAGCUUCACUCCCGAACACAGUAGGAGUUAUGAGGUCAACCGUCUGCCUUGUUGUCGACCGUCAACGAUCGAUUCAUCUACUUCAAAAUACAGUAUUAUCAUUAUUUUAGCAGAGUGAAAUGCUGAGUCGAGUUGUUUUUUUUUGCUGUAUGUUAAUGGGCAAAUCUCUGCCGGGCCUUCUAAGGGGGGGGCAGUAACACACAAAAUACGCCUGUGACUGUGUGUGGGGAUAUUUCUGACCAUGUGCGAGGCCCAUUAGUUCUAAGCCUGGCUGGCAUAUGUGUUUUUCGAGUUCUGAGUUGACCAAAUUUGAAUCGCUGCCAGACUUGGAACAAGGUUAAGGGGCUAACCCCACCCGCAGUAUGUUCCCACUGUCAGAUUGCCGCAGUUCACUUUAACGUAGCGGCCUAGUGUGUGUGUGUGUGUGUGUGUGUGUGUGUGUGUGUGUGUGUGUGUGUGUGUGUGUAUUGUGCAAGGGUGUAAGUAGCGUGAUUGUACAGAUUCGAGUUGUGUAUAUCCCACAUGCUGAUUCACCGCGCAAUAGCCCAAUGUUAUGCAGGAGUUGUUUUGCAUAAUGUCAUACAUAUGGAUGGCUAAGCCUAUCUCUGAGUCAUUCAUCAGUCAUUUCAUGCACAGUAACCUCACUGAUGAAGGGGUUGGAGGACGGUGAUAGGAAACUGCUUAGCACGGGGACCCGCGUGGACAUGAAUAUUACACUGGCGGAGCCGGGAUGAUGCCGGACGGCUCAAAGGGCCUUUGGAGUGGUCUCCUGUGCCACCCCGGCCAGAUGGAAACUUGAUUGGGUAUUGGUGUCCGGGCCGUUGCUCUGUAAAUAUUGUGACCCAUUCCCCCUCCUUUGCUUUUUCUUAUCACAGAUAGAGGUCGACUGAUUAUGAUUUUUCAACGGCGAUACCGAAUUAUUGGAGUACCAAGAAAAAGCCAAUAGCGAUUUCUUAUUUUUAAAUAAAAAAACAUUAAAACAUUUUUUUUAAAUUAGUUAUUUUAUAAUUUUAUUAUAAUUAAAUAUAUAUAUGUGUAAUAAUGCCAAUUACAACAAUACUGAAUGAACAAUGAACACUUAUUUUUACUUAAUAUAAUGCAUCAAUAGAAUCUAUUUAGUCUCAAAUAAAUAAUGAAACAUGUUCAAUUUGGUUUAAAUAAUGCAAAAAACAGUGUUGGAGAAGAAAGUAGAAGUGCAAUAUGUUCCAUGUAAAAAAGCUAACGUUUAAGUUCCUUGCUCAGAACAUGAGAACAUAUGAAAGCUGGUGGUUCAAUAUUCCUAGUUCUUCAAUAUUCCCAGUUAAGUUUUAGGUUGUAGUUAUUAUAGUAAUUAUGAUGCAUCGACUAUUUCUCUAUACCAUUUGUAUUUCAGAUUCCUUUGUCUAGUGGAUGUUCAUAUAGGCACUUUAGUAUUGCCAGCCUAAUCUCAGGAGUUGAUAGGUUGGAAGUCAUAAACAGCGCUGUGCCUCAAGCAUUGCUAAGAGCUGCUGGCAAACGCAGUAAAGUGCUGUUUGAAUGAAUGCUUACGAGCCUGCUGCUGCCUACCACCCAUCAGUCAGAUUGCUCUAUUAAAUAAUAAAUCAGACUUAAUAUAAUAAACACAGAAAUACGAGCCAUUUGUCAUUAAUAUGGUCAAAUCUGGAAACUAUCAUUUCGAAAACAAAAUCUUUCUUUCAGUGAAAUACGGAGCCGUUCUGUAUUUUAUUGAAUGGGUGGAAACCCUAAGUCAAAAUAUUGCUGUUACAUUGCAUAACCUUUGAUGUUAUGUCAUAAUUAUGUCAAAUUUUGGCAAAUUAAUUACGGUCUUUGUUGGGAAGAAAUGGUCUUCACACAAGCCAGGCGGCCCAAAUUGUUGCAUAUACCCUGACUCUGCUUGCACUGAACGCAAAGAACUGACACAAUUUCCCUAGUUAAUAUUGCCUGCUAACAUGAAUUUCUUUCAGCUAAAUAUGCAGGUUUAAAAAAAAUAUAUACUUCUGUGUAUUGAUUUUAAGAAAGGCAUUGAUGUUUAUGGCGAGAUACAUUUUUCGCAAAUGCGCUUUUGUUAAAUCAUUACCCGUUUGUUGAAAUUAAAGUAGGCUGUGAUUCGUUAAUAAAUUAAGACACCGCAUUGAUUAUAUGCAACGCAGGACAAGCUAGUUAACUACACAUGGUUGAUGAUAUUACUAGGUUAACUAGUGAUUAUGUGAAGAUUGAUUUGUUUUUUUUAUAAGAUAAGUUUACUGCUAGCUAGCAACUUACCUUGACUCCUUGCAGCCACAAGGUCCUUUCGACGCUGCCCUCGCGUAACAGGUGGUCAGCCUGCCGUAACAGGUGGUCAGCCUGCCGUAACAGGUGGGUCAGCCUGCCGUAACAGGUGGUCAGCGUGCCACGCAGUCUCCUCGUGGAUUGCAAUGUAAUCGGCGUCCAAAAAAGGCUGAUUACCGAUUUUGUUAUGAAAACUUGAAAUCGGCCGUGCCGAUUAAUCGGUCGACCUCUAAUCACAGAUUCCUGUCACAUUAUCAGAUCAUCACCACUGUGUUCAAAUGAACUGUUUUCCUUAUGAUGUUUUAUGCGAAUGUGUACCCAUUUUAUUUUCAAAUUAAGAAAAAUAAGUGUUCUUAUGUGAGGUGUUGGUUGUGUAUAUCUUGAUGUAAGAUAUCCAUUUAAUGAAGUAGGUGUGUGUAUCUUCAAUACUCCCUUAAGAGAUGUUAUUUAUAAGUGCAGUGUGGGUACUGGUAAACGUCACAGACUACUAUCAUGGGAGAUGGUUACAAAUGACCUUAAUUUAAUUACAUGUGCGUCAAGGCAUGCAUCUUGUAGCCUGCUGGUAUGUAGAGGUGUAUAUUAUCGAGGGCCUUGCUCUCCAAUCUGCUCUGACCAUCUUUUCCACGCAAACACUCUCUCGCUCCCUUCCACAGAUAAACUCCCACAAGAGAGCAUAUAAUCACACACCCAUGCAGAUCUGUUUCACCCAUAGAAUUCUCUCACACACACACUAUAUUUCCCUGACCCGCCACACACUUUGAGUUCGAUGCCUCCCAUUAGCGGGGGGGGGGGGGGCAAGAUUGUUCCUCGUUGGGCUCCUGUGACUCCAUCACUCUCCAUCUUGUUAUUAAGAUGAACAGAGGGGCAACGUCUUUCUCUACAGAGGAUUAAAACCUUUGAUUCGCCAUUCCCCUUUUUUUUUUAUUGUAUUUUUUAGAAGUAAACAAGCACCAAUUUCACUCUGUGGGAAGUGGUGCUCCAGCUUCUAAGGACCAUGUCAGAAGAAAAAGCAAUGUCUCUGGCAUGCAAUUACCAGCCCUGUAUAAGGGUGGUGGUGGUUUUAAAAAGCAUAAAUGGGUCACGACAUCCUACAAUUCUUGUCCGACUCUAAUCUCAAGACCACCAAACAAAGCCUUAAAUUCACAGUUUUGCCACAUGCAUUAUUCCCCGUGUCCCUUGUGUACAAAGUAUAAAUAAAUCCAACAUACUUGCAACAUGCAUUACUAAUUGAUGUGGUUACAAGAUAUUCAUCUUUUCUGGUCAAUUCUACAGUGUUUUUUUGUUGUUGUUGUGUACAAUAUUGACAGGACGGUGACCUGGAGAAUAUGAAUAAUAUUAAAAUGUUCCUAUAUUCCAAGAUGUUUGUCUCCUCACUACAAGCUGCUAGAAUAACAAUGUCUUCUGUGUCACCGUCUGACUGUGUGUGUUGGUGGUUUUUCAUUUGGAACCUUUGGUUCCGGUUCGUCCUGUCAACAUUAUAUUUGUAUUCUGGUGUUUUAUUAAAGUAUGAUGGAUUUCUAAAUAUGA